CCGGCAGUUGCCCUUGAAUCGAUUGUCCACCCGCAAGGAUAAGCCUGUUCCUUUCAGCCCGUCACCGCAGCGCCUGAGCAGCACGCAGCCAAUCAAUGGAUGUCACCGCAGUCUCUUGUUGUGCAAGCCGCGCCGCCUGCUUUGCGCCACGCCGCCAGGCACCGCGGCGGCGGCGGCAUGUGGCGGCGCCUGUGCGCUGUGCAGCACCAGGAGAGCACGAGCCAGCAGCCCCUGAAGCCGCCGCCAUCGCCAGCAGCAGAAGCAGCGGUAGCGGCAGUGGCGCCCUGAGGCGGCAGGUGCUGGCCCGCGGCGCCCUGGGCGCCGCGGCGCUGGCGGCCGGCGGCGGCGGUUUGUGGGUGCAGCCCGCGGCAGCUCUGGGGUUCAAGAAGGACCUCACCAACAAGCGCAGGCAGAAGAUCCCGGAGAGCGAGUACAAGGAGGGACCUGAGGGCCUCAAGUACUACGAUGUUGUGGUGGGCACGGGCCCUGAGGCAGCCGAGGGCAGGCGCGUGGUGGUGCACUUUGACUGCAAGUGGAAGGGGGUCACCUUCAUCACGACGCGGCAGGGCAUGGGCGUGACGGGCGGCACGCCGCAGGGCUUCGAUGUGGGUGCUCGGGUGGGCGCGGGAGGCACCCUCAGGGGCCUUGACCUGGGCGUGAGGGGCAUGCGGGUGGGCGGCCGCCGCAAGCUCAUCGUGCCACCCAGCCUGGCGUACGGCGACAGGGGCGUGGGCGAGAUCCCCCCAGGGGCGGUGCUUGACUUUGAUGUGGAGCUGCUGUCCAUCAAGCAGGACUCCAUCGGGUUCCGCGUGAAGGUGGUGGAGGGCUGA